AUGAGCGGCGUGCGUGCUCAUAUCGCCAACCGGUUGCGCAGUUCGUCCCAGUCCCAGAACCUCUCCGCCGUCCCACCUAGACCCGAGUCUCAGGAUUACUCCCCCGAACUUGCCCGCCACGCCGCGAGCAUACUGUUCCAAUCGCCCAUUCCUUCCAAGGACAACCGACCGGUAUACAUUCUAAAUGCGGCUGCGCUUCCAGACUCGCAUGAGGAGAACUUCGAUCAGCUCCUGCCGUACGUGCUUGCCCGACUCCCUGAGGAAGAUGACCUGGUGAAGGGGUUUGAGUAUGAGGUCGUCUUCUUCGCCGGCGAUUCUGAUGGCUCUGCAACAUCGAAGAAACACAGACCUGGCUGGGGCUGGUUUCUGCAGGCAUACCAUGUCCUCUCAAGGGCCAUGCGCAAGAGACUGCAAAAGCUGUAUAUUGUUCACGAGAAGGCCUGGGUCAGGAUUCUCACCGAGAUCUUCUCCACCAUAGUCAGCCCGAAGUUUAGGAGGAAGAUUAUUCAUGCAUCAACCCUGACCAACCUCGCCUUACACAUUCCCAUCGAAGACCUGCUCAUCCCUCCGUCCACGUACCUCCACGACCGACGCAUAUCCGACGACAUAUUCGCGCCGUAUGCGAGCGGGCGCCGAGCAUUCUGUGCCCACCAGCCCUUCCCAACGAGCAGCAACGGCAAACCACGCUUUCCGCGCAUUCUGCGUGAGACAACUGCCUUCCUCCUUAUGGAGCAGAACAUAAAGGCUGAGGGGCUCUUCCGAGUGCCUCCGCACUCAAGACUGCGAGAUGUGCUCAAGGAAGCAUAUGACCGGGGUCAGAAGUACAUCGUCUGGAAGGACAACGGAGCGACUCUGCCACUGCCUCCAUACCCACGCGCCGAGCAUCAGAACGAGAUCAUUGCAGAGCUUGAUCCAAAGGAUGCCUACAGUGUCUUCAUGGCUGCUGCGCUCAUAAAGGCAUGGUACGCCGAUCUGCGCCAGCCUAUAUUCCCCCAGUCCUCAUAUCGCGACUUGAAGCGCUUGUACGGCAAUCCAGACGACGUCCCUGACCUCAACCGACUCGCCGAGCUGUUCUCUCCGUCUUCUGAAUGGUCCUUCCUCCCAGCCGUGUCACGCGAAAUUCUCGUUAGGCACCUACUCCCCCUCCUCUCGGCAGUUGCGGCUCGACAGGAGCAAAACAAAAUGAACGCUGAGAAUCUGGCUGUCUGCAUUGCACCGGCUCUGCUAUGCGGCCCAGAUCAGCUCGAAGACGCUAAAAUGUCGUCUAUCAUAAGAAGGGUUUUUAUGGAGGCCAUCGAUCUAUGGUCUCAGGGGCUGAGGGAGGCCUGUGGGCAGACUGAAGAUGCAUUCACCAAGGAGCUGAAGCUUCCACAGAAUGAGUCUGACUGGGAAGAUCCACUAGAAGGAAGAAGAAGGACUGAGGAAAGGAAGUCCUGGGACGAGAACCAGAGCACUGGCAUCAUUCUCCAGGACAACGAAAGCCUGCCAAUUUCGGAGAAGACCGCGGGACAGCCGCCCCCUUUACCUCCUCGUGCUGGAGCGUCAUCGGGUCGCCCUUCUCCAGAUUCCAUCACCCAACGCAAAGCAGUACCACCUCUCCAGGCACCUCCACGUUACUCCACCAUUGUUACGGAUAGUCCUAUCGAUGAUACAGAAUCUCCUAUAACCUACGCGGCGACGGUAGAUGGGUUUGCGCCGCGUGGAGGAGACCGAAGUCUUCCUGACCGGACGGCGGCUACUCAUUCAGCGAAUGAGAAGAAGUCUGGUACGAUUUUUGGCGAUUCUUUUGCUCCUCCUCCAAUCAUUCUUCCGAAAGGGAAAGCCCUGACAGCAGAGCAGAUUGACAAUGCUGAACAUGCCGUCGCCGACGCACAGGCGCGGAAGGCGUCGGGGCAAAAGGAGGCUGAGAUAGCACAAGCGCCAAAAGUCCCGGAAUCCAGGGGCUUCGCUUUGCCGGGGCUUGCAGAUCUUCACGUUCAGAAACCCGGGAGCGGACCAUCAGUGAGGCGGAAAGCAGUCCCCUCAGCUACGUAUAGUAUGGAGGAAACUGUGUCCCCAGAGAGCGUUUCUUCAAUCACCUCAUCUACUCUUGCGGCUCCAGUACCCGUUAACGAGUUUCGUCGGCCUAGUCUGCCCGCCUCAGCGAACCGUGGCCCUAACAUCACGUCUCUUGCGCGUCCCGUCUACCCAGCUACAAAUCCCGUAGCCAAUCGGCCACCUUCUAAGUCAACGUCUCUUCCAGUUCCUGGGCCUAAGCCGCGGACGCCGUCACCAUCCCUGUUACAGCGGAUGCCGUCUUUUGACACGUCGAAGAAGGAGGCAAGCUUAGCUCCACUUGCUCCUGGUAGACUCGAUCUAAGAAAGCAGUCUGUUGAUGAUCUGCGGAGGCUAUAUGAGGAGAGGGCGGGGACCGCACAAGCUUUGGUUGAGGCGAAUAGGAGGGCGUAG